AUGGAUUUUAAAUCUCGGUUUAAGGGAAAGAUGACCAUAAUGAAUAAAGAAGGAGUUAUAGGAAUGGUAAACAAACCCUCAAUUCCUAUUGCAAAAAAUAACUCAUAUUUAAGUUAAAAGAAUGAAUUAUCUCCAACCAUAUAGAAUCUCGGUCAUAAUACUGAAGGAAUAAGGGAAACAAAAUCUCAUAUCUUUACAAAUAUUUAAACAUCUCCCAAUAAAAGAAAUUUAACUAAUUAUGGUUAAAAGUUUUCAAAUGCUGGAUAAUAAAUUAUUAAAUAAAAUCAUGUUAAGACAGAACAUCAUUAUUAUUUAGAUGAUCCCAAAAAAUAAUUGAAUUAAUUGUAAUUUAAAAUGCAUUAAGAUUUUAAUUAAUUGAAUAUGGAUGAAUAUGAAAUUGUUGCUAUUCCAAAAACAAUGUUAGGCUAACUUCGUCAAUAAUUAAGUGUUGAUAAGUAUGGAUUAAAUAAAAGUUUUGGAACUGAUAAAAAAAUACCUGUUGAGUAUUUUAUAUCAUUUAGAUAGAUUGUCUUAAUUAUCCCCUUAAAUUACUACUAAAUGUACAAGUUAUAAUUAAACACCUUUACUGAAAAAACAGAAUACUUUUGAUUAAAUGCUGAGACCCCCUUUUAAUAAAUAAAGAUCUGAAAAAAUGGAGAAAAAGAAUUAAAUCAUCUAAUAAGCUGGUAUUGGAACUUUAAGAUACAAGUAUAUACAAUUCAAUAUAUAAUUUAGUUCCUAUAGUAAAAGAUGA